AUGGCGAAGCACCCGUCCUCCCCCUCCGCUUCCUCGCCGGCGCGGAAGAGCCCGCAUCCUACGCCGGCGGGGGAUGCGACAGACAUCUCUGCCGCCCCCGCCGCCGCCACCACCACCACUGCCGCGUCCGGCCCUAACGCCUCCUCCUCCUCGUCGCCGCCGGCGGGGUUCGUCUUCAUGUGCAGCGGCGCGACGAAGCCCCAGUGCUUCAGCUACAGGGUUCUGGGCCUGCCACGGGGGAGGCUGGACGACGUCUCCCGGAUCAGGCGAGGCGCGGCACUCUUCCUCUACGACUUCGACUCCAAGUACCUCUACGGACCCUACCGCGCCGACUCCGACGGCGGCCUCGACCUCGAACCCGCCGCAUUCCAAGGACGCUACCCAGCCCAGGUUAAAUUUACAAUUGAUGGUGAUUUCAUGCCAAUCCCAGAGAGUAGUGUAAGAAGUGCUAUAAAGGAGAAUUAUUCCCGUGGGAAAUUCUGUCCAGAACUUACCGUUAUGCAAGUUGAGAAACUGAGAGGAUUGUUCCGGCCAAUUACUGUACUGCCAGAGUCUGCUCCAUCUGCUGAUUACAGGCAUUAUGUUGAUAACAGGCAUCCUGCUCCAUCUGCUGCUUACGUGCCUGCUUCAGGUUUUCACCCAACACAGCCAGCUAUCAACAGGCAUCCUGAUCCCACUACUUCUUACUUGCCUCCUUCAGGUUCUCACCCAACACAGCCAGCUGCUUAUGUGCAUUACCCAAGUGCUUAUGUUCCUGCACAGGCUGCUCAUCUGGUGCCACACGAGCCUUAUGCAUAUCCAUAUUCUCACCUACCUCCUCCUAGCGCUCAAUUCACUGCGCCUGCUUACUAUGCGACCCCAGCUGGGCAUCCGUAUCAAGCAGGAUAUGAAUCAUAUGAUCCAUCGGCGUCUGCCUACCACUAUGCCCAAGCACCCCCUUCCUGUUAUCCCUAUGUGCAAACCCAACACCUUGUGCCACAACAUGUCCCACACCCUGUCUAUUCCACUGCUAAUCGGGAUGAUCCAUAUCGAUUUGAUGCUGUGAAAUCUCAUUACCAGGAAACUAUUUCUGAGAGAUCUGCCUAUGGUGCAGCACAUCAGAACUUGCAACUUGUUAGGCAGUAUGGGUAUACCCCAAGCAGCGAGACUGCAGCACCUGAAGCAGCUACCACGAACUUAGGGCUUGUUAGGAGUUAUGGAUCUGAUCCAAGCAGUGCACUUGGAGUGCAGUCCUAUGUUGAUGGAGCUGCACCGACGAUCUAUUCACAUGCAGGCACCCCAGCAAUCACCCAGGCCGAGAAUGUUGCCGCGCCAUCGGUAUACAUUGCCGCGGCUGCACCAGCUUACCUGUGAUUGCUCUGUGUCCAUCUUGUGUUUCUUUGCUUGCAUGAUCUUGCUGAACCGAGAUAGCUCCCCUUUGUCCGUUUGAGUGUUGCCAUUGUGCCCAAGGGACUGGGAGUUCGGAUCAUUGAAGAUGGCAUCACCAUCGUUACCGCUAAUAUAUUUGGUAUAUACUGUAUAAAGGGAUUCAGUCGCUGCCCUUUAUUACGUUAGACUGGUGGUACUAACUGGUAGCUGUUGGUGUCAAGACUCAAGACUCUGGUGGUAUAAGCUUAUGUACUGUAACUAUUCUUAUGCUGUGAGCAAAAAUGGGCAUUGCAA